AGUGGUAGUAAUGCCACUGUCAAGAAUUCUGCACCGCUUUGUAAAGCAGUUUACUUUGGAUCGCGAACCAGAUCGAACCAAUCCCACUAGUCUGUGAAUUUCCACCUAUCUGACUGUUCCAUAAGCCGUGAUCAUAUGUCGCGACGGAAAUUCGGUUUUCUUGUGUAUUCGUGAUGGUGCGAUUAUUGAGUUUCAUUCUGGCCCUUGGCUACCUGCAGUGCGUCAGGGCCGAAGGGCUCCAAGUUGUUUUUCAGUGGAAAUACUUGGAUUGGGUCUGGCCAAAUGUUCAGUUGACGGGAAAAAAUUUUACUUUGGGAAAUUCGUUUACUCAGGAUGUGGAUAUUGAUAAAUAUGGUCGUGUAUUCGUUACCAGUCCUCAGUGGUUGGAAGGAGUACCAAUUUCAUUGUCUUUGAUAACUCCUUCCAUUGGAUAUGGGGGCCCUUUGCUGAUACCGUAUCCUGACUGGUCCUGGUUCACACCGUACUCUUGUGACAGCAUUAUUUCUGUGUAUAGGUUGGCGAUAGACGAGUGCAAUCGUUUGUGGGUCGUGGAUACCGGCCGCAAUGGUGGAAAUACUGUUUGUCCCACGAAAAUAUUGAUCUUCGAUCUAGCUACCGAUCGGUUGAUCCAUAAAUACGUGGUGCCGAAUGAUCAAGCACUAGACGGGAAGGCAGCAUUUGUUACGCCGAUCGUGGAUGUCGGAAAAACGUGUCUUGAUACUUAUCUGUACGUCGCUGAUGUUGAUCAAAAUGGUCUACUGAUUUAUGACUUGUAUCACGAUUAUUCGUGGCGGGUAAACAACACACCUGGCAACGCUUUCGGCCCGGAUGACGAUGCCAUGAACAUCACGAUCGCCGGCGAAUGGUUUGAUUUAACCGACGGUACUCUCGGCAUGUCAUUGUCGCCGAUUGGAUUUUUCGACGAAAGAUACCUGUACUUCAACUCGUUGGCCAGUUAUAACGAAAAGUUUACGGACACGUACUCUUUAAAGCAAAGCAAAUACAGCGAGCCGAAAGUGUUCGAAUCGAAUUACAAGCGUGCAAGCCAGGCGGGCGUUCAGGCAACGUCACGAAGAGGGGUAAUAUUUUUCCAAUUAGUUCAAUUAACGGCGAUCGCCUGUUGGAACAUUGAGAAACCAUUUACACCGGAGAACGUCGUGAUAAUUGCUCAAGACGAGGAGACGCUGCAGUACGUGAGCGGCAUCAAAGUAAUCGCAAACAGCCGCGGCGAUGAAGAAUUGUGGUUCAACACAAACAGGCUACAAAAGACGAUAAAUAAAACCUUGAAACCCAGCGAGACGAACUUCCGUAUAAUCAGAGGGAAGGUUGAUGAUAUUAUCAGAGGGACAAAUUGCGAGCCUUCCGGCUUGAGACAUAGAACGCCGGAUACUACCUUCUGGCACCGGAUAUGAAUCAGAUAAAUUACGUUAUACCAAUCAAAUUUACCUCAACAGUUCCUCCGUACAUAAGCCUUCAUAUAUACUAACGCGAAAUACGUGUGGGUGGUAAAAAUACGUGUGAUGGUCACCUUUGCAAGUGUAGACUAUGCUCAAGUAACGAAUAAAAGUAAUUUAUGUAAAGAAUCAUUCACUUAA